CGCCCCGGCGCGCGCGGAGCGAUGUCGGAGGUACGCAAGAGAACGACCGUCGGCGACGCGACGUCCUCGGCAGCGGCGUCACGAGAUGUCAGCGACGAUCAGAAAGAAGAUGUUGAAUCCGAAGAUGAUGCGAAAUUGGAGGUAGACGAGUUAGCAAAGGCUUUACCUCAAGGAACUGACCAUACCCCACAUAUUUUAAGUUCCGUUCUCUCUGGUCUUCCAGAUCGUUGGCGAAAUUGGAUAAUUAGAACCAUUUUUACUUGGUUUAUGAUAGCUGGAUUUUGUCUCAUUAUUUAUGGAGGUCCAUUGGCGUUGAUGAUUACCACGUUGAUUGUACAAGUGAAAUGCUUUGAAGAAAUCAUUAAUAUCGGAUAUGCUGUAUAUAGGAUCCAUGGUCUACCAUGGUUCAGAUCUUUAUCGUGGUAUUUUUUGAUAACCUCGAAUUACUUUUUCUAUGGAGAAAAUUUAAUGGACUACUUUGCGGUGGUAAUUAAUCGGACAGGAUAUCUACGUGUGCUCGUUACAUACCAUCGAUUUAUCUCAUUCUGUCUUUACAUUGUUGGCUUCGUAUGGUUUGUACUCUCACUCGUGAAAAAAUAUUAUAUGAAGCAAUUCUCCCUAUUUGCUUGGACGCACGUCGCGCUACUUAUUGUUGUGACACAGAGCUAUCUUAUUAUCCAGAAUAUAUUCGAAGGAUUGAUAUGGUUCAUUGUACCUGUCAGUAUGAUUGUCAUAAAUGAUGUUAUGGCAUAUAUGUUUGGUUUCUUUUUUGGACGAACACCAUUAAUAAAAUUGUCUCCGAAGAAGACUUGGGAGGGGUUUAUUGGUGGUGGUAUUUCGACUGUCGUACUUGGAUUAUUGAUCUCCUACAUUAUGUGUCAGUAUCGCUAUUUCGUCUGUCCUAUUGAGUACAGCGAAGCUCUAGGAAGAAUGACUAUGGAUUGCGAACCAUCGAGCUUAUUCCAACCACAAGAAUAUACAUUACCAAGCAGUCUUCAAGUGAUAUCAAGAAUGUUAAAUGGAAAAUCUACCUUGACAAUGUAUCCAUUUAUUUUACAUUCAUUGUCGCUGUCAAUAUUCAGUUCUGUAAUUGGUCCGUUCGGAGGAUUCUUUGCUAGUGGAUUUAAACGAGCGUUUAAGAUUAAGGAUUUCGGUGAUAUAAUUCCUGGUCAUGGUGGAAUAAUGGAUAGAUUUGAUUGUCAGUAUUUAAUGGCAACAUUCGUGAAUGUCUAUAUCUCUUCAUUCAUCCAUACUGCAUCGCCUCAAAAGUUGUUACAGCAGGUUUAUAGCCUGAAACCAGAACAACAAUUGCAACUUUUCCAAACACUAAGGGAUUCGUUGGAAAAUAGGGGUAUAUAAGGGUUCAUAUCAUAACUGUGAUAGGACUGUCUAAUUGAAAAUUAACGUGGCC